GCACCAACCUCUCUCAUCUCCUCCUCGACCUGUCGUCUUCUCGCCUCUUCGUCUCCUCGUCCGCCCAAAUCCGAGCUCCCUCCGCUGGCGGCGGCGCCGGCGAUUCCUCGCGCGCGCUCCUGUUUCACGAGGGUGGCGCCGACGCCCGCCGCCUGUUCGGCGGAAUGUCUGCGCGGAAGGAGGCCAAGGGAUCGGCCGGCGGAGACCGCAUAGGGGCCCUCCCGGACGAGGUGCUCCACCGCGUGCUCUCCUUCCUACCGGCGCAGGAUGCUGUCCGGACGUGCGUGCUAGCCCCGCGCUGGCGCCACCUCUGGAAGUCCGCCACGGGGCUGCGCGUUGGCGAGGACGAGAGCAAUCUGGGGAGUGUGAAGGAGCAGCAGGAGUUUCUUGACCAUCUGCUGGUACUCCGUGAUAGCGCGCCUCUUGAAACCUGCGUGCUAAGGUUCAAUUGGUAUGACGACGAUGACUUCGAGGACAUAUUCCGGCUGAACGUCUGGUUCAGGUAUGCUAUCCACCGCAAGGUUCGGUUCCUUCGACUCGAUGUCUGGCAGGAAGAGGAAUUUGGCAACCCGGUUCCGAUAGAUGAGCAGCCUAUUGUCUCUCAGCACUUGACAAGGCUACAGCUUUAUGGUAUAGUGCUAAACGACGGCUUGCUUGACUUCUCAAGCUGCCCAUCAUUGGAGCAUCUAGUGUUUGAGUCAUGCGUAUUUGAGUGUGCCAAGAUCUCAUCUAACUCCGUAAAACAUCUGAGCAUCACGUUUUCCAAUUUCCCCGCUGGGACCUCACGGGUUCGUAUUGAUAUCCCGAGUCUUGUUUCUCUGCGGCUGGAUCGCAUCUAUGACCGUAAGCCAGUGCUUGAGAGGAUGCCAUCAUUAGUUGAUGCAUUUGUCAGUGUCCCAAGCUCUAGUGAAGACUUCUGUGGUGAAUCUGACUCUGGGGAUUGUGGUCGUGACGGCUGUGAAUCUUGUUAUGGUUUCACGAACAAAAAUUGUGUGCUUUUGGAAGGUUUGUCGGAAGCUAAGAUGUUGGUGCUGAUAAACGAAGAUGAAUCGUUUAUUUUCAAAAGGGAUUUGAAAUGGUGCCCAACAUUUAGCAAGUUAAAGACUUUGAUACUCAAUGGGUACUGGUGUGUGCCUGAUGAUUCUCACAUGCUAGCUCGCAUUCUUGAACACUCGCCAGCCCUAGAAAAACUCGUUUUCCAGCUUGGUUACCAGGCAUAUAAACGUACAAAUAAAAUUAAAGGAAUUCUCAAUCCAAUGGAGAGAUCAGCUGGAAUAUCAGAACACCUCCAGAUAGUUGAAGUUCAAUGCAAUGCGAUUGAUGGUCAGGUUCUUAAAGUUUUGAAGUACCUGUCAACAUUUAAAAUAUAUUUCAGUUUGGAGGAAGCGACGAUUGAGAGUUAGAUGAUCAUGAUGAUGACGAAAAAGGCUUGAUGCACAAGUUCUUGACAAUUAGAAGUUUGAGCUGGGAACUACGUUAUCUUUCCUCUAUGUGUUUCUUCAAAGAACUUUAGCUUUGCCUUGUAAUGGGCCGUUUACAUUGUCUAGUGUCUACCUAGAAAUGGGUUUCUCAUAUGCGGAUGGUUUGAAAUUGAUUGUAAAAGGACCUAUUUCACCAAGUAGUGCUAAUUUAUCCCUUUUAAGAAUGGCUCCAGUGGCUACAUUUA